GGCUCCAGCUAGUGUCUUGGGUGCGUGGUUCAUUAAAUGUACCAGCAGACUUGUAUCCCAAUUGCAUUUGAUUGGCUGAUGUCGUCCAGGAUGACUCAGCCGACCAAAGGUGGAAAUGCCAUGGAAGGGGUGGAAGUACCAUGGGUUCGUCGCCGCGGGCCACAGACCAAAGCCCAAGGUGGGACGAAGGGGCAAACAGCCAGGAUCGAAAAAUCUAAUCGGAGCAGCUAUCGCCAAGAGAAGACGCACCCUGGGAACUGCCCUAGCAUUCAGGAGAUGUCUGAGUGGUUCUGUGGGACCGCUGUCCAGCCUGAGCCCAAAGCACUGGACGUGAGGGCCAACGCAAAGCCAUUUAAGGAGGGCGUUGCCAAGCCGUUCGACAAGAUGACUGGGCAGACUGAGACCUAUCAGGAAUCAAAGGGGUUAAUCGUCGUGACAAAUGGUACCGGCAAUUUGCUCGCCAUCCAGAAGGAUUUCUUGCAGUGGUCCAGUGACCAAGGUGCUGAAGCGUGCCAAGCGAGCCUCGUUGACGUGGAGAGGACUGCCCCAGCGCCGGUUCGUCCUGGUCUGGUGAGUGCUGAGAACUACUUCGGAUUGGACGUCAAGGAGAAACUUCAAGAUAAAGUGCAGGAACACAUGCAGAAGGAUUUCUUGCAGUGGUCCAGCGACCAAGGCCGUGAAAGCACUCGGAGCCCGGAUUCUACACAAUAUCGUUCGUCGACAGCUUCCCCAAACUCAGGUCCUGAAACAUGCCAAGCGAGCCUCGUUGACGUGGAGAGGACCGUUUUAGCGCCGAGUCGUUCUGGUCUGAGUGUGGAGAGCUACUUCGGUUUGGACGUCAAGGAGACACUCCAAGAUAAACUGCAGGACUUCUUGCAGAAGGAGACUGAACUGGUUCCGGAAAAGGCCAAAGUUCAGAAGGAGGUGGCACCCGUCCCCAAGCCGCGUGGUGCUGCACGCAUGAAGAUGUGCAUCACUCCACAGCACUUCAGUUCGCUGGGCACGACCUUCCGUGACGUCCAGGUGGAUUUUGAGCCUCGUGGCUUUACCAUCCGUGCCAUCGACACAGGGGGCUAUGCAUGGACGGCAUUCUCAAAGCCCUUGCCGGGAGACAUUGACAUGGAACGAUGCAAGUUCAAGAUCGACCCUUCUGGGAAGGAGGUGGCCAUCAACUUGUACAAGGCCAACGCUGAUGAGAGUUGGUGGAGCCUCAACCGGAUCGAGUUGGAGCGGCCAUAUACCCAUAAGGCAGAGAAGGCCAAGAGCCUGAAGACCAUGGCCGAAAACUUCAUUUGAUCGGACAUGUGGUGCCGAGUUGACAGCGGCAGCAUGAGGCGCAUGAGGCGCCAGCGAGGGGUUUCGAUCCUUGCGCAAGUUCGAGAUGAAUGGGUUUGAGCCCAUUGAAUCGUUUGCUUAUUCCUGGACGCAAGCACUUUGUUCGUUUCGCAG